AUGGCAAGGGAAGCACAGGUACUAGCAGCACCCACAGGGGAGAAAUGGGCGCUUCGCCCCACUGGGGACUCCCAACUGAGUCAGGCUGCAAACCCCACUGGUACCUCACACCAACCAGGCGCCGACUCCAUCGUACCACGUCCCCCACUGGUACCUCACACGAACCAGGCGCCGACUCCAUCGUACCACGUCCCCCACUGGUACCUCACACCAACCAGGCGCCGACUCCAUCGUACCACGUCCCCCACUGGUACCUCACACCAACCAGGCGCCGACUCCAUCGUACCACGUCCCCCACUGGUACCUCACACGAACCAGGCGCCGACUCCAUCGUACCACGUCCCCCACUGGUACCUCACACGAACCAGGCGCCGACUCCAUCGUACCACGUCCCCCACUGGUACCUCACACCAACCAGGCGCCGACUCCAUCGUACCACGUCCCCCACUGGUACCUCACACCAACCAGGCGCCGACUCCAUCGUACCACGUCCCCCACUGGUACCUCACACGAACCAGGCGCCGACUCCAUCGUACCACGUCCCCCACUGGUACCUCACACGAACCAGGCGCCGACUCCAUCGUACCACGUCCCCCACUGGUACCUCACACGAACCAGGCGCCGACUCCAUCGUACCACGUUCCCCCAAUGGUACCUCACACCAACCAGGCGCCGACUCCAUCGUACCACGUCGCCCACUGGAACCUCACAUUAACCAGGUGCUGACUCCAGCGUAUCACGUACCCCACUGGAACCUCACGCCAACCAGGUGCCGACUUAUCGUACCACGUCCCCCAC